GUCUUAUUACACAUCUGCAGAAAAACUUACCUGAACUGCUUUAUCUUCAUGUCUAAACUGCAAGAAAAGUGGAAUAAUUUUAGCUAUAAAAAGUAUAGUAAAGAAGUACAAUACAACGACUUAUCAAAAAUAAUAGGAUAGCAGAGAAAGACAGAUAUUGUUGUUGAUUUUCCAAUUCCUGUUUAAUAGAUGACUCACCGUGUAACAUUCUACCAUGUAUCUGAUGACGUGUUCGCUAGAUUUGGCAAUGGGAAACGAGCUAAUUCUCGAAUUGGGUAAGAAAAUAACAUGUCAAAUCAAUCAUACCUCUUUAUCACUCACUUGUACUUUUAAAAACAUCAUGUCAAACGAACGUAGGCCCCCUCAAGUGCAAUCCUCCCGACCAGUGCGUGUGCACCCAGUGCCUGCUCUUCCGAUAAUCUCCCGGGAUUCAAGUGACGUAGCAGCAUUGAAGCAGCGUGUGGCAGUUCUUGAGCGACUAGUCGCAGAAGGAGACCGUCCAAAGAAACGCUCCUCUGUCACCAUCGACCAUGCUGAUUAUAAGCUGAGAAGGCUUAUUCGUAAGCACUACGAAGCAAAUUUUGCAAAUGACCCAAACCUCUGCUUCGAUUUGAAUAAAUUCGUCUUUGAGAAGCCAAAUAAGAAGGUCGUGAAGGCCUUGCAGGAUUACAUCGCCAACAUUUCCAGUGACGAGAGGGAGCCUGACUGGACUCCCGAAUUCGUAUACCAAAAGUGCCGCAGUUACCUGAAUGGGCUGCGAAGUAAGGCAAAAAAAAGCCCCGAAGACCUCCAAAACGAAAGUCGCACCAAUGCUACCCGGCAAAAACGGGAUCGCAAAUGCCAGGCCCGGCUCAAUGCCUUCAGGGCAAAUGAAGGCCUAACUACAUCUUUCCCUGGGGCUGGAAAGCUCCUCGACAAGCGAUUGAUGUCUGACGAGGAGGACGUGAAGGACGAAGACGGUUUCGUCGUGAAGACAAAGGUGCUUCGGCCCAACUGGAGAAGUCCUCAGGUUAGCAAAUGCCUUUUUGGAUGAGCUUUCAAAGCUCGCGGAAAAAGACAAGUUGACGCAGCAGAAGAA